AUGCCUGACCUGGCUGAUCUUAUGAGUCCACUUCGAAGCCUUUCUUUGACCAAUCUAUCCAGGCCUCGCAUAGCCUCGGCAGUCUCGCUGGACUGGGACAUCGAGAGCUCGCCAAACAUCGUCCUCGGAACCGGUCUGAACAGCCCACCAUCAUUUUUGUCCGGAAAGCUUUCCCUGAACAUCAAAGGACCCCCGGUGGAGAUCAAUCGUUUUACCGCUGUUCUCAAUGUCCAUACUGUCCAGAAGAAGCCGGUCAAAAAUUACUGCGCGAAGUGCAAGGACCAGUAUUUUGCAAUUCAUUACUGGCCUUUUCUGAACCAAAGUACCGUCCUACAGAGCGGCAUUCAAACAUUUCCAUUUUCCACCCUGAUACCAGAUCACCUACCAGCCUCGAUGAAGUCACCUCUACUCUCCGUUGCCUUCGAAUUUCACGCCGAAGUCCACUACAAGUCUCAAACUAUACCGACUAGCAUGCCACGAACUGUGUCCUUCAAGCGAACCCUGACUGUCAGGCGCCAUAUUUCCAUACAACAUUGGCCUCUACAAGCGACUCGCAAUUUCCCCGCCUCAGGUAUACGCGUCAAAAGUUCCAUCGAACCUAUUAUCCGCCCUGCCGGCGCCAACAACGUUUGUCUUUUGUUGACGGGCCUCCUCGUCUCUCCGAAAAAUGGCGACAACGACUAUAUCUGGCGGUUAUGGAAGGGGGCUUGGAGGCUAGAGGAGACCAUUAAAGCCAUUGCAAUCCCCUGCGAGCGGCACCGAUGCUCAGUCCCCGAGAGCGGAAGCCAAGACCUUGUCCGCAGGACAUCCCGAACGCUUGGCGAAAACGGCGUGUAUGAUGCGUGGAAAGAAUGCGAUGCUGAGGGAAGUGCCGAAGUGGAGUUUGGUUUCGACAUCUGCCAACGCUCCAACGUCCCCGAACCGGCGUACAACCACGAUACGAAGAGCAUUGACGGUACCGAGGUGACCCAUGCACUAGUUAUCGAGCUUGUGCUUGUCAAAGAGCACUUCCCGCGGGGACAACUUCAUUUAGCAAUCCGAACGGGCGUUGGGAAAAUCCUAAGGCUGACCUAUCGGGUGGCCAUGGCCGAUGAUCAGAGUACUGCUCCAGGUUGGGUUGCGGAGAGACUACCAACCUACCAAGACGAAAGUCCAAGUCCGCCAGGAUACUUGGAAGGGCAGAAUUGGGCUAGAUCAUAA